CACUGGUUAUGGACUCGAGCUGUGAACAUUUGCGGUUUCCAUUUUUGGCUGCUCCUCAUUUUUCACAACAGCUCCAAUUUAUUUCUUCUGUCUUGCAGGACUCAGCUCAGACUAGAAAGUCUGGAAGACACUCACAUCAUCAAGGGAGAAGACGAUGCCCUGUCGGACAAGCACGGCUGUCCAGCCUACGUGAGCCCUGAGAUUUUAAACACCACGGGGACCUACUCCGGCAAGUCAGCGGACGUUUGGAGUUUAGGGGUGAUGCUCUACACCCUUUUAGUCGGACGAUACCCCUUCCAUGACUCAGACCCCAGCGCCCUCUUCUCCAAAAUCCGCCGUGGACAGUUCUGCAUCCCCGACCACAUAUCCCCCAAAGCCAGAUGCCUCAUUCGCAGUCUUUUGAGACGGGAGCCCUCCGAGAGACUCACGGCUCCGGAGGUCUUACUUCAUCCCUGGUUCGAGUCGGUCUUGGAACCUGGAUACACAGACCACGAAACAGGAACGUCAGACCAGAUCGUUCCAGAACACCAGGAAGACAGUGACAUUAGUUCCUUCUUUUGCUAAUCCUGAAACCUCAAAAACCUCAUAAUUCUUACACAUGGCAUUUUUUUUUUCUUUCAAGGGUUUCGUCUUUCCAUUUUUAUAGACGGGUAGAGCUUUAAGUGUGGUGACAGCCAGAUAAGUGACAGUGUAAAUACGCAGAGCUGCUUUACUCAGAAUUCCUGUUCCUUAUGUCAUCAUGCUGAAUGACGUGGUUGCUAUGAACACUCGGAUCGGCGGCCCUCUGGAGCCUUUAUGGUUCUUGGGGAGUCCUCCCGUCUGGUUGGUUGGGUGCUGAGACCUGUACCUUUCACCACUGGCAAAGGUUAUGGCGUUGGGACAGAAUCACACUUUUACCAUAAAGCAAACUUGAAAAUUUUAGAGGGAGCUUGAAUGAAUCCUUAAAGUGGCUUUUGGUGUAUGUGUGGUCACUUAACCUGGCAGUAGCCAUAUUUUACCAUUGAUUGGUCCAAUGAACCCGCCAUCUUGCUGCUCUUUGGAUGGGCGCCCCUUUGCAUUUGCAGGGGGCUGCGCCAUCCUGUUGGAAGUCUGCUAAACCUGCAUCCUCUCCUUAGAUUCAUAUGCCACCGGCUUUGCCCUAUUCCUUGAUCAGACUGUUUCAGGAACACAAGCGCCUGCCCCGCUCCAUAAAUCCAGACUUGUUCCUCAAUUUCCUGUUUUAAGACCUCAUAUACACUAAUGCCUUCUCCCUGAACUUGAAACUUCCCCCCCUUUCCUUCCUGACUCCCAUGUCUCUUCCCCAUCUCUAGCCCCAGCUAUAAAAGUACUUACUAGCUAACCAUGGAAAAAAAAAAUCAUAAAAGCUUCUGAACUCCUGGCUAUUUCAGAACUCUGAUCUCAGACAGAGAGACUGCAUUUUUUUUGUGAAUAAUUUGAAUCCUUGGAAGCAGUUAGCUUUUUUGGUUCCUCCCAAGUGUGCUAGCACUCAUCUCUUUCUGAGGCUGUUUCAGGGCUGGCCAUCUUGUCCUGGAGGGCAAGGAUCAGGAGUUCCCUGUGCAGCAAAUGUCCAAUGUGUCCUUUCUUCAGCAGCAAACGUGGAAAUGUUUAGAAAGCGAUCCUCGGAUAGUCUUAGGAGAGCCUCAGACUGGUUUCUAGGAAUGUCCCUUCCCUAUUUAAAUAUAUCUGCCUCUAGCAAUGUGUGUGUGUGUGUG